GCUGAACUUGCGCCUACUCGUCGCUCGCCCCAGGUCGUGCUUGGACUCGAUCUCUGGCUCCCAUUGAAUCUCGUUCACACCCGCUGGUGAUCAAACUACCGCAUUCGAAAGUGGGGAAGUUUCGGGCAGGACUCGAGGCCGCGGUGGUCUUCUGACCUGCUCUGGUCCCUUGGAGUCCCUUACGGAGAGAGAAGCUGGCUCGCUCGGAUCUGACCUGCAUGUGGACUGGUCACAGCUGUGGCGCAAGGAGCAAUGUUGCAAAUCUUGCACCGCCAAGCUGCUGACCAGAAAGGUAAUUCAAGCACGCAGAGCGUCGAUCUUGCGAACGUAAGCUCCGGCCAAGCGUCAAGCAAAUAAGCUUUCGCGUCCUGCAGACCGCAAGCGCCGGACGGACUGCGAUCCUGACACGGCAGAACAUGACGGACGCACGACAAAGAUGAUAAGGCAGAUCGAACGGGGCCAGGCUCCGCUGUUGCCUCCGCACUAAAAUCCGCCGGGUGUUCCUGCUGCCUCGAUAUCACUCCCCGAUCAAGCAAGAGCGCAAUCCCACCGCAAAUCAAUGAACGCAGGGAGAAUGCAACGCACCGCAUUGCUUUCGGCCCGUGUCACGGUGUACUCCCAACGCCCGUGGCAGGGCACCAAGAUCGGGACGGCCAAUGUCGUCGCGUACACCGGCGCAGCCGCCUACGACAAGGCGACUCUGGUCCCUCCCCCGGUCCCGAGUCCGCCGAUUCCGACCCAGUUCGUCCAGCCGCUGAACGUGCAGCCGCCGCAGGGAGCAUCGAUACGACAGUCGGGGUCGUUCUACGGGUUCUCUAUCGAAUUUUCAGUGAUAGACCAGAUCUACCGACCAAGUGGGAUUGAAUUCGUACGUGCACGCGCAUGGCCAUCGCCUGCUUCGCUCACGACAACGCUCCACCGAAGCUCGUUCAUCCAAGUCCCGUUCCUGAACCUCAUGUCCCACAUCCAGACGCACGGCGGAUCAGUCCGCGUCCGGAUCGGGGGAAACACGCAGGACACGGCUGCGAUGGUACCCGCGCUUCCCAGCGGGCGAAUGCUGAUGAAAGACAAGCAUAGCAAUUCGAGCACGCCGCCCCUUUUGUACACUCCGGAAGUGAUCUACUUGCUAGCCAACAUCUCGUCGUUGGUCAACGUCGGGUGGUAUCUCGGGAUCCCGCUCAACGACACGCAGCAUCCGCAACUCGAGAUCGCCGAGGUCGCCGAGCGCAUUCUGGGCGACAGAUUACUGGGCCUGCAAGUCGGCAACGAGCCGGAUCUAUAUCCGGCCCACAAUCGCCGCUCGCCGACGUACGGCCCCGUCGACUACGUGCGUGACUUUGGCCUCAUUGAUGCCGCGCUGCGGGCCGACCCGGGGGUGCCGCACGUGAACAAGAAGCUCGUGGGGCCCAGCAUAUCCGGGACGUGGAGACUCGAGGAUGUAUUCAAUGCCAGCUUCUUGACGGACUACGCGCCCUCUCUGGCUGCCCUCAGCGUCGAAAGUUAUCCUGAUAACAACUGCGCAAAGGUCUUGAAAACAGGAGGACCGGUGGUCGAUCCCCAGACAGUGUUCUCCAACUAUCUCAAUCAUACUUCAUCCCAGGAAAUUAUGAGGAAAUACUUGAACAGCACACUUCUCGCACAAAGUUUAGACCUCCCGUUCCAUAUGCUAGAGACCAAUACAGCUUCUUGCGGCGGCUUCCCGGGCGUCAGUGACUCGUUCGGAAGCGCGCUGUGGGCAUUGGAUUACGGGCUGCAGAUGGCCCACAGCAAUUUCAGCGGAGCGCUUCUCCACUUGGGUGGGCUGAGUGACUCGUAUAACGUGAGUGCUGGCCGUACAUUGGAAGAGCCUGAUCUCAAUGUGGUCUUCCACAGCCAUUCACACGUGAGACACGGUCUGCCCAACUCUCAGACUAUCUCUUUACUCAUAUGCUCAGCCCCGCCCACGAAUCAGUCAACGUUCCGCGGCUGGACUGUCGGACCGGUGUACUAUUCAGCCCUCGUUGCGGCCGAAGUGUUCGGCAAGUCCAACCAGUCUCAGAUCAUCGACCUGCAGAUGAACAACGAGAACAUCUUCACGCCGGGAUACGCGAUCUACGAAAACGGCACGCUUGCCCGAGUGGCGUUGUUCAACUUCAUCACCGAUCCGUCCGGAGCGAGUGACUACUCGGUCGCUCUACAGGCAGUCACUCUGCCGAAAGAGGUGAAAGUGAAGUACCUCCUCGCACCCUCCGUGAGUACGAAGGAGAAUAUAACCUGGGCUGGGCAGACAUUCGGCGCGAAUCUCGCGUCGGACGGCCGUCUCUCCGGGCAGCUCUCAGUCGCGAGGGUCCCGUGCGACGCCAACACCAGCAGCUGCACCGUCCACGUCCCCGCCCCCGGCUUCGCCCUGGUCAGCUUCCUGAACCCCGCCACCAACGAAACGCCCACACCGACGCCGGGCGCGUGGCCGACGACGGCGCACACGAAGGCAACGAACACGCUGACGGUGGAUCCGAGCGUGUUGGCGACGUCGAAUGGACAUCGGGACGACGAUGCGAAGCUCGGGAGCACCAGUCCGGAAAGGAUCGUUCCGGGACCACGCGGUGGACGUCCGGCGAAGAAUGUGCGUAGCGGUGCGCUUGAAGGUCGUUCUAUGAAGUUGUGGGUGGUAUGUGCAUGUGUGUUUUUGGCUUGGUCCAUGUACGCUGUAACAUGAUUAUGUUGUCCUUCGUGGCAAGUGUUAUUUUAAUAUUUACGGUGUGCGGACUAGAACGCCCCACAAUCACGUGGCAAAUGUCAUUUUGAAUUCAUUGAUUUUGAAUAU